GCUGUCAGUGUGGAGAAAAUUCCCCUAUUCACAGUCAGAGACCGAGAACACUUUAUGCUUCACUUUCACAGUCUCUUUCUUCUUCCACACAGCACACUUCCAGCUCUAUUCUAAAAGGGAAGAUGUUAGUCCUAAUGUCGUUUUUAAUUAUUCUCUUGACAUCAGACUAUAGCAAAGGUCAAAUAGAGAUGCAUGCUUUUAACCACAAGACAGUGGACUGCAAUGAGAGGACUGUCUUACAGUGCAACAUCAGCUCAUCAGAGCCAUUGAACAUUGUUAAAGUGUACUGGAAAAAACUAGAAGAGAAAGAUUUUGAAUGUGAUCCAGCAUCCAGCAACGACCCUCCAGGAUUUGAGUGCAAAUACACAGGGGAAGCAAUGACAUUAACCAUCUCAAAUCCCACACCAGCAAACAUGGGCACAUACUUUUGUUGUAUAAAGACAGACUCCGGACAUGACAAAAAACAAAUUUAUGUGUCUAUAGGACAAUGCACUGGAGAAUUCUCCAACCAGAUGGCUGGACACAAACAAGUGGAGUGUAGCUUCAAUGGUGUGUACCCAGAGGCCAAAAUAAACUGGUAUCAUUAUGACAUGAACCUGACUUCCAACUCUACAACCACAAGCCUGGAGAACACUGAUGGAACGUUCAACAUCACAAGUGUCCUCAACAUCCAGGACAAUCACAAGAGAUAUAACUGCUCACUGUGGUCACUCAAAUAUGGACGACACAGUGAUCAAGAGUUUGAAGUGGGAGAUCAAGCUGAGUUCAGUCCUGUUAGCAGGAUCAGCACACAACAUUUUUUAUCAUGGACUCUUGUUUCAUUGAGAGCCUGUUUGUCUUCAUAAUCUUCACAUAAUGACUCAACCCAACUAUCCCAAGACCUGACGACAAAAUCAAAGAUCUGGGGGAGUUUCAUAAAUUGAAUUUGCCAGAUAAGCUGAUCAUCUAUUCAAUAUUUGACCCACAACUUCAUGACUUGUAUUAUUUAAGAAAACGCUCAUAUUAAAAACCCAAACUAUUUCAUACAGCAUUUUGAAAAUGCAUUUAUUCACAUUCUUUAUGCAAAAUAAUGUAUGAUCUCAAAUUAAUUGAAAGACUACACUGAAUAUACUGUAAAAAAUGUGAAAAGCUUUGUCAUUUUAGUGUCAUUGAGAUACAUGUAUAGUUUUUAUAAAAUAGUUUUUAUUUUUACAUUUUGCAAUUUCGUUUUAAUUUUUGUUCAAGUCUGUUUAACGUCAAUUUGUUUUUGUCAUUUUAUUGUUUUUAAUGUCUAUAUAGUUUUUUUUUUAUUAUUAUUUUAGUUUCAGUUAUUUUGAUACGUCAAUAAAUGAAAAUGAGAAAUGUUUCCUUUCCUCUGUAAACUUUCAGGUAAAAAAAAAAAAAAAAAAAAAAAAAAAUCACUUUCAAGCAUCAGUUCUUCGAUAUGCUGUGCUGUUUAGCAAUAUAAUUGAUGUCUUUUUUCUUUUUCUUUUUUGAGUGAGUUGACUGUGUACUUAAGAUUUGUCCCAUUAAAAAAAAAAAAAAAAAAAUCUGCUAUUUGUUAUGCUUUUGUUCCAAUCAUGACCAAUUACUAUUAUUUUUAUUAUUUUACCUGAUAAGUAAAUAAAUAAAUAAAAACACUGUUUAUACAUGCACACUAA